AUGUCCACAUACCAACUCCCUGAAGACCAAGCAUACGUACAUUCCUACGACUCACAAGACGAGUCGGACGACGCUGGGUACAACAUCCGUCACCAAUCCACUCCGAGACAAAGCAAACUUCCUCCUCCUUCCUCGCUCGACUCGGGGAAGAGCCGCAACAAGCGGAAGGGGAGCAAGACCACAACCAUCCAGUCGGGCUCAGACACAGAAAAGGAACCAUCCAGAAUGUCGUCGAGAACUUCCAAACACGCCUCCUCCUCGUCUAGGAAAGACAAGUCCUCUUCAUCGUCCAAAACAACUAAGAAGACGGACGACUGGACAGAGGUGACCGAGCCUGAUGAGAGGCGACGCAUCCAGAACCGGAUCGCCCAGCGCAAGUUCAGAGAGAAAGCGCGCGAGCAAAAGGAUCGUGCCGCCCGGGACGCGCAGAACCAACAGUACGCCGGCUCGGCCUACCAGAUCCCAGAUCCAGAAGACUUUGCCCUCGACGACGGCGGCAACCUCUCGGGCCUGCCCUGGGGCGGCAUCAGCAUGCGCCAUGUCGUGGCCCGCGGGCAUUCCUCGGCGAGCGCGGGCCAGCACACCCACAGCCACCACAGCGGGCACACGGGCAGCAGCGUCAUCCACACGCCCGGUCCCGCGCCCGUGGACCAGGCGCUCUAUCACAUGAACCCUUACGGGUAUGCGGCGCAUCCUGGGCCGGACGCGGCGGAUAUGGAUAUGGAUAUGUACGGCUACGACUCGCACUCGCACUCUACUCAUUCUCCCUAUGGGGGAGGGUACUACGAUUAUGAUGCCGCGGGGCCGGGGGAUGGGUCGCAUGGGAUGUAA